UGGCCGGGCCGCCCUCCUGCCCUCCGCGCACGCGCUCUCCGGCUGCUCCUCCGCUCGCGCGCCCCCUCCCUGGCCCGGGCCGCCGCGACAUGCGGGACUACGACGAGGUGACAGCCUUCCUGGGCGAGUGGGGACCCUUCCAGCGCCUCAUCUUCUUCCUGCUCAGCGCCAGCAUCAUCCCCAACGGCUUCAAUGGCAUCUCCAUAGUGUUCCUGGCGGCGGUGCCCGAGCACCACUGCCGGGUGCCCGCCUCGGCGAACCUGAGCGGCGAGUGGCGGAACCACAGUCUCCCGCUGCAGGACGGCCGCGAGAUGGUCAGGCAGUGCCGGCGCUACCGGCUCGCCGCGCUCACCAACUUCUCGGCCCAGGGGCUGCUGCCCGGGAGGGACGUGAACCUGAGUCAGGUGGAGCUGGAGCCCUGCCUGGACGGCUGGGAGUACAACCAGGACACCUACCUGACCACCAUCAUCACCGAGUGGGACCUGGUCUGUGAGGAUGACUGGAAAGCUCCACUAACUACCUCCUUAUUUUUUGUGGGUGUGCUUAUCGGAUCCUUUAUUUCAGGACAGCUCUCAGACAAGUUUGGCCGAAAGAAUGUUCUCUUUGUGACGAUGGGGAUGCAGACGGGAUUUAGCUUUCUACAGGUCUUCUCAACAAGCUAUGAGAUGUUCUCAGUGCUAUUUGUCCUUGUCGGCAUGGGACAGAUCUCUAACUAUGUGGCUGCUUUUGUCCUUGGAACAGAAAUUCUGGGCAAAUCAAUUCGAAUAAUAUUCUCCACAUUAGGAGUCUGCAUAUUUUAUGCAAUUGGCUACAUGCUCCUGCCAUUGGUUGCUUAUUUCAUUCGAGAAUGGAGGAUGCUACUGCUGGCCCUGACUCUACCAGGGUUGCUGUGUAUUCCGCUGUGGUGGGUCAUUCCUGAAUCGCCCAGAUGGCUCCUGUCUCAGGGAAGAUUGAAAGAGGCAGAGGUCAUCAUCCAGAAGGCUGCAAAAAUCAAUGGGAUUGUUGGGCCAUCGAUAAUAUUUGACCCUAUGGAGUUGCAAGACCUGAAUUCCCGCAAGGAGCAGUCCCAUAGCAUUUUGGACCUAUUUCGAACCCAGAAUAUCCGGAUCCUCACAGUCAUGUCUAUAAUUCUGUGGAUGACCAUAUCAGUGGGCUACUUUGGCCUUUCACUUGACACUCCAAACUUACAUGGGGAUAACUACGUGAACUGCUUCCUCUCGGGUGUGAUCGAGGUCCCUGCGUAUGUUAUUGCUUGGCUGCUCUUACAGCACCUGCCCCGGCGGUAUUCCAUGUCAGCUUCCCUUUUCCUGGGGGGCAGUGUUCUUCUCUUCAUACAACUAGUGCCCCCAGACUUAUACCCCUUGUCGAAUGGCUUGGUGAUGAUCGGGAAGUUUGGGAUCACCUGUGCUUUUGCCAUCGUGUACGUGUACACAGCUGAGCUCUAUGCCACAGUGGUCAGGAACAUGGGUGUGGGAGCCAGUUCCAUGGCAUCACGACUGGGCAGCAUCUUGUCUCCUUACUUUGUUUACCUCGGUGCCUAUGACCGGUUCCUGCCCUACAUCCUCAUGGGGAGCCUAACUGUGCUGACAGCCAUCCUUACCUUGUUCUUCCCAGAGAGCUUUGGGAUCCCUCUCCCAGAUACCAUUGAUCAGAUGCUGACGGUCAAAGGAAUAAAAUACAGACAAACUCCCAGCAGCAGCAGCAGCGACUCAAGAAUAUUAAAAGAAGGUGAAGAGAGACACGCAGUCCUUAAAACCACAGCCUUUUAG